AGCAGGUAGUUUGAAUACUAGUUCAUGACACAGCUGGGUAUGGUGGACUUCAGGGAAAUAAAUAAUAACUCAGAGGGGGACGAGUGAAUGCAUUUGUUGUAAUUUCGCAAUAUUUCCAUGGACCGUUUUUUUUUUUUUUUUUUUUUUUUCAACAUCAUAAGUGACAAUGGCCAAGAGCGCAGAGGGUCCAGCAGAAGACCUCUCCAAGGUGCCGGACGAAGAGCUGAUGAAGUGGGGUAAGGAAGAGUUGAUACGCCGGCUCCGACGGUCAGAAGCCGAAAAAAUGGGGAUUAUGUUGGACCACGGCAACUUGAUCAGGGAGAUCAACCGGAGGCUGCAGCUUCACCUUAACGAGAUUCGGGGACUCAAGGACAUAAACCAGAAGCUGCAGGAGGACAACCAGGAGCUGAGGGACCUCUGCUGCUUCUUGGAUGAUGACAGGCAAAAGGGGAAAAAAGUGUCAAGGGAGUGGCAGAGACUGGGGAGGUACAGUGCUGGAGUGAUGCGAAAAGAAGUGACCUUGUAUUUGCAAAAACUGAAGGAGCUUGAGGUGAAGCAAGAGGAAGUGAUAAAGGAAAACCUGGAACUGAAAGAACUUUGCUUGAUGUUGGAUGAGGAAAAGAGUGGUGGUGCGUGUAGCCGCAAUUCAAUAGACAGCCAGAAUAGCCUGUGCCAGAUAUCAGCAACAGGCACUGGCCUACUGAGGGAUGUGGGAGAUGGGAGCAGUACCUCCAGCACAGGAAGCACAGACAGUCCAGACAACCUCCAGAAAUCACGAGGAGAGGGAAGCCCAGAGCACCAGCAAAAAAAUAAAUGUAGCAGUAACCCUGAACAGAAACAUAUGAGAGGGGCAAGCCCAGAAAAGCACAAGGGCCUGGGCAGAGGGAGUCCUGAGCAUCAAAAGUUUACCGCCAGUGCCAGCCCUGAAAAUCUGCAGAAACACCUUCUGAGCAGUACCAGUAGCCCAGAGCACUUCCAAAAGCACAGAGGAGGUGGCAGCCCCGAACAUCAAAAGCACAGCAGUGUUAGCCCAGAGCAUCUGCAGAAACAAGCGGUGACUGAUACUCCAGAACAUCUGCAGAAAGCCAGGGGAGGAAGCCCGGAGCAGCUGAGGCACCAGUACAGUGGGAGCCCGGAGCACCAAAAGUACCCAGGUGGAAGUACCAGCAGGGAAGGGAUCCAGCGAAGGCAAGCCCCAGACGAAAUGUCGCCUCAUCACAGGAGUAUAUACAAUGGGAUGAAUGCACUCAUAUCAGCUGGCUGUUGCACAACUACCUGCAGAAGUGUCAAGCUCUGGGACAGUUUUGAUGCGUCUUGACUAGAACCUUCUGUGAAUGAUGACCACUAGUACCUAGGUCCCAACUGGAUGUGGUCUAUAGAGAAGCUGUAGUGGAAGAGAUGGGAUUUCGAAGAUGUAAUAAAGAAUGCUUUGCUCUUUUUUCUUUUCUUUUUAAAGAAAAAAAAAUGUAGCCUUUAGAACUAAUCUGUGAUAUGAAGGUUAUCUAAACAUGUCAGGUGUGCUUAGACAACCUACUAUAUAUUCAGAUAUUCACUGACACUUAAAAUUGAUUCUCUCUGUACAAACUAUCACAAAGGUUCAACUAAGGAGAUGUAGCCUACAUGGUGAAAAUGAUGUCCUACCUCCCGGGAAAAAAUUAAAAAAGUAAUUGGACGAACGAACACGGAAAGACUAGAUCUGGGGAUAAUCUGAUUUAUGGAGAUUUGCUAUGCUACUUUCAGUUCCAUUGAGGUUUUCCUCAUGUUCCGUUUGGAUGACACACACAAAAAAAGUGUAUUCUGCUGCUUCCUUUGGACUGUUCACCCUACAGCACAAUAUCCCAAUUUUGUUUUAAACUGUUUGUCAACAUUAAUCUACACUGGGGAUAUUGGGAAGACCUUUUAUUUCACUGUACUGUUCUUUAUAUACAUGUUGGGUUUCUGCCUCUGUAUUAAGCAGAACAGUUACUUUGUAACCUUUUAUUUUCAUGCGUAACCCUUUUUUAUGUUGAAAAUACAAUAAACUUUCCAGUCUAUGACAUAAAUGAAAGUGCAUUUUCAACGAAUGGCUUUCUGUAUUGGAAUGCACAUAUUUCGAUCAUGUAAUAUGCUAAGUAAUUGGAAGAAAGUAAAUCAUGUAAUGCCACAACAGGAUUGGCCUAGCAUGCCAACAUUUAAAAGUUCAAGGUUGUAUUUCCAUAAAUUGUCAUUAAUGAAGAUAAUAUAUGUGUAAAAACAAACUGUGAUUUAUUAGAGAUUUCCAUACUAACUCAGUUGUAUAGAGAUAAGAAAUUACAUUUGCACAUCCAUUGUGGCAAUUUCUAGCACCCCAGUGGUUGAGAAAGUUUGUAAGUCUGAUAAAUAAUGACCUAAAGCAGAAGCAGCAAUAGAUAAUGAUCCAAAACACAAUAUAGGGUUGGUGUUUACAAAAAAAGUAUUUCUUGCAUUUUUAUCAUAUUUUAUGUAUCAAGUGAUAGCGUUGUCAACAGUCAUGAUGGUUCUGAUUAUGUAUUUAUUUUAUUUUUUUAACAAAAGUGUUUCUCAAUCCUUCAACAUACCAAACACUUUUAUGUGUAGCCAUUAUGUGAACAACUGCUGAGGAAUGAUGAAUUAGAAAGAUACUGUAAGUGUAAUUACAGUAUCUUAAGGUAAAACCUAAGAGAAACUAAGUGGUAGGUGUACUAACUCUCAGCACUAACAUACAGUUUGCAUUUUCGUUGCAACACUUAGCAAAGUACACAUUUUGUUGUAUGCACUAAGAGAAAACAUGUUAAUGAAAAGAGUGGCAAUAAACAAAUUCAGAUUUGUUGUGUCCUCUUAGCGAGAUCUCUAGCAUUGUGAGAGUUGUGCGACAUUGUUCAGAUAAGUA